GGGUGUUGUGGACAGCCUAUGGUGGUGUUUGUGUGUGUGUAUAAAAGCGAAAGCCUGACCACUGCUUUCGAUAAGGUGAGAACUUCUGAGGAAUCGAGAAAAACACCGGAGAAAAUGAAGUGGUCCUCCACAGUGUCCCAAACACCUGCUGGGGUGGAGAAAUCAGUGCUCAAGAGAAUCCAAGUCCUCGUGUUAGUGCUGCUUGCGUCUCACACGCUCUGCGACGCUCACAGCGUGUCGGCGUCGUGCUGCAGCAGAGAGCCACCCCGCGCCUGCCGCCUCUAUGUGUUGCUGCUGUGUGGCCCGGUAGGCGGUGCCGGCCGGCCGCUAGGCGGGAUGCAUCUUGGCGAGGACGCGUCAGCCGGCAUCCUCACUCUAGGGAAGCGGGAGGCGGAGGAGCAGCACUUCCACAGUCGGCUCCACCAGCUUCUCCGCGGUGGCGCGCGGAAUCAGGCAGCCGGGAUCUUGACUAUGGGCAAGCGGUCAGAGGAGGAAGAGGCGGUCGGGCUGCUCAUGCAAUGGGCGCAGCAAGACUUCACCGCUUGAUGGAGAUGGAGAGGGGCGGUUUCAACAACUGCCUGUUGCUGGGGACAUUUUUUUUUUAAUGAGAUGAUGAAGGAAGAGGGAAAGAAAACAUAUUUUGUUGAAUUUAAAAAAAAAUGUUUACAUUGGAAAUAUAUGUCAACGCAAACAAUUGUGUUGACCAAAUGUUUCCAGAUCACACAAAAAGUAAUGCAAAUGCACCCAUAUAAGCUCUUUUGA